GCAGACAAAUUAUUCUCAACCCCCUUCUCUUUCUAUCCAUCCUUCUCUUUCUCUCCUUCCUAUACUCUACAUCGCCGUCAUCCGGGGUUACUUCCCAUAAACACUGUUCCCCUCCUACCUACUCUUUUCGACCUUAUCUAAAUAACCUCCUAAUCCUCCCUUCCUCUCACACACACACAUACAUACAAUGUCCGCCAAGUCGAUUUUCGAGGCCGAUGGCAAGGCCAUCCUCAACUACCACCUCACUCGCGCCCCCGUCAUCAAGCCGACUCCUCUCCCCCCUUCCAACACUCACAACCCUCCUCCCAAGCUCGCCUCCCUCUACUUCCCCGACGACCUUUCCGUGAAGGACGUUCUCGACCAGGCGGAGGUUACAUACCCAUGGCUGCUGACCCCCGGAUCCAAGUUCGUGGCUAAGCCAGACCAAUUGAUCAAGCGACGAGGCAAGAGCGGUCUGCUCGCGCUGAACAAGACUUGGGCUGAAGCCAGAGAAUGGAUCGAGGCUCGUGCUACGAAGGAACAACAGGUUGAGACCGUUGUUGGUGUUCUCCGCCAUUUCCUCGUUGAGCCCUUCGUUCCUCACCCCCAGGAGACCGAGUACUACAUCAACAUUCACUCCGUGCGUGAGGGUGACUGGAUCCUCUUCACCCACGAGGGUGGUGUCGAUGUUGGUGACGUUGAUGCUAAAGCAGAGAAGCUUUUGAUCCCCGUCAACCUUAAGAACUACCCCUCCAACGAGGAAAUCGCUUCCGCACUUCUCAGCAAAGUUCCCAAGGGCAUUCACAACGUCUUGGUUGACUUUAUUUCUCGUCUCUACGCUGUCUACGUUGACUGCCAGUUCACCUACCUUGAGAUCAACCCUCUCGUUGUCAUCCCCAACGCCGAUGCUACUUCUGCCGACGUCCACUUCCUUGACUUGGCUGCCAAGCUUGACCAGACUGCUGAGUUCGAGUGCGGUACCAAGUGGGCUGUUGCUCGUAGCCCGGCUAACCUUGGCCUGGCCGCUCUUCCCACAUCCGACAAGGUCAACAUUGAUGCCGGUCCUCCCAUGGAGUUCCCCGCUCCUUUCGGACGUGAAUUGAGCAAGGAGGAGAAGUUCAUCUCAGACAUGGAUGCCAAGACUGGUGCCUCUCUUAAGCUCACUGUCCUGAACCCCAACGGCCGUGUCUGGACUCUCGUCGCUGGUGGUGGUGCCUCCGUCGUCUACGCGGACGCCAUUGCUUCCGCUGGUUUCGUUAGCGAGCUCGCCAACUACGGUGAAUACUCCGGUGCUCCCACUGAGACUCAGACUUUCAACUACGCCCGCACCAUUCUCGACCUGAUGCUGCGCUCUCCCAUCCACCCCGACGGCAAGGUCCUCUUUAUCGGUGGUGGUAUUGCCAACUUCACCAACGUCGCUUCCACUUUCAAGGGUGUCAUUCGCGCCCUUCGAGAGGUUGCCCCCGUUCUGAACGAACACAAGGUCCAGAUCUGGGUGCGCCGUGCCGGUCCCAACUACCAGGAGGGUCUCAAGAACAUCAAGGCUGUCGGUGAAGAACUCGGCCUCAACAUGCACGUAUACGGGCCUGAAAUGCACGUCAGUGGUAUCGUGCCUCUUGCCCUCCAAGGCAAACAAACUGAUAUCAAGGAGUUUGGUACUGCGUAAACAAAAACGGGGCGUUUUCUGAUCUACUAAAUUUAAUUCUAUACGAGGUUCCUUCUCAACUAACGGCAUAACGGCUUUCUUUGCAUCAUUUUGUUUUCUUUUCUUAGUAAAGAUGACUGACGAAGGUGGUAUGCCUUCUACGGACACCGUUGCUUAUUUUUGUUAGAGUGCGAAAAUAGAGCAUACAAUCCUAUUUAUCUAAACAGA